GUUAGACACUUACAAGUGCUCAGCGCGAGUCUGUCGUCUGUCAAGAUUGAUCACGUGGUCGAAAACGUGCAAUCCAAUACGUCAUAUGAUGAUUGUCCAAGCGGAUGCUUAUCAUUGGCGCUGACAUUUAGUGAGAAAAUAGUAAUAACAUGACUUAGCCAAUAAAAUUUGUCAUUUUAUUAUUACCUUCAUUAAUAGACGGCCCUUUAAAAACGUAAUUUGUAUGUAUUGUAUAUACAUAUCUCGUGGGCAUGAGAUAUCAAACAGUCUAUAUAUAUCAUAUUUGGAUUAAGUUUAUCGUGUUUCUUUAUAGUAGAAAACACAACACACAUUGUGUUUUUUUAUAAAACCUGAGCGUUAUAUAUCAUAUAUACAAUUAUAUAAUAUAAUUGUAUAAUUGCAAUAUAAUUAUGUAACUGGUAUAUAUAAUAACAUUAUAUAUAUUUUUAAUAUUAUUAUUAUAAAAUUAAUAUCUUGAGACAUGAUGUCUCAUUAUGAUAAAAAUAGAGAAAUAUCAAAGAAAGAACUCAAUGGAUCAAAGUUCGAUGUCACAGAGCAGUUUGUAUAUAAUGUUUAUAGCUUUAGUUCUCAAUAUGGCAAUAAUAUCAGUAUAUCUUAUACUGCUCAUAAUAUAAUUGGACCACCUAGCAAGUUUCCAGAGUACGGAGAUUUUCCACAGGCAUUUGCCAUGAGAACUUAUGGAUUAUGGUGGGAUAAAGCACCUUCAAGAUCAAUUGAUUAUAUGCCACAGAAUAAUCCAGAUGUUGUGAGCCAAGAUUAUAUUGAUAUUGAAUAUCGUGAGCCAGUAUAUCCAAUUAGAGUUUCUAUAUAUGAAUUAUAUAAUCCUGGAAGUGUAAUUGCUAUCUGGGCACAAGAUUGUUAUGGCCAAUGGUUUCAAUUAUGGAGCAGACCACCUCAAAUUGUAACCCAGCAAUCACGAUUAUUCUCUCCGCCUUUACGAUUGUGUAAUUUCAAAACCAAAAUGUUAAGGCUAGAAUUUAACCAUAGCUUACUGGACUAUUACACAGAAUUGGAUGCUGUGUCGCUUAUUGGUACAUCAAAAAUGAUGUUUCCCAAAGAUCCAUCAAACAAACAGAGCUUAUCUGAUAUACUACAAGAUACAAUUUAUGGUCAUAGUUUCAACAAUAUUCCAAAUGAUAAUUUAACACCACAUUAUGAAAAUACACAAGAGAGCAUAAAGAAUCUGAAAGCAAUAUUGGAUGAAUAUUAUACUACGUAUGAAAGUAAUAUAAUUGACAAUCUUAAGAGCAUUCUAAUAUUUGGCUUGGAACAACUUUAUCAUUCUGUACCACCUAUUGAAGAAGGAUUAAAUAAGAUGCAACAAUUUUUAAUAAAAGAUUUACCAAGAUUUACGAAUAAUAUUGAAGCUUCUUCAAAUGAACCCAAGGAAUUAUGUGGCAAUUUUUCUAUGCUUUCUAUUGAAACAAUGUUAAAAAUAUUGAAAAAUUUAGAUUUGAGAUCGCUAUAUCGCAUGUCCAGAGUAAAUAAGUACUUCUAUAACUUGGCACUAGAUCCUUUACUCUAUACAAGUUUAAACUUAAAACCAUAUUGGCAUUCUUUUAAUACAUGUACAUUGGAUAACUUAUUGCUUAGAUGUAAAUAUUUACAAAAAUUGGAUCUUUCGUGGUGUGGUAACCAUGAUAUGUUUUCUACUACAUGUAUUAAAAUAUUUCUUAGUGAUUGUGGCAGUCUUCUAACGCAUUUACGAUUAAACUGUUGCAAAACUGUUGACGAUUCUACCAUUUACCAAAUAUCGAUAACAUGUAAAAAUUUGAAAGAAUUAUGCUUACGCAAUUGUCAGGGCAUACAAGAUUGGGGUUUCGAGUAUCUCGAGAACCUUGAAUUUCUGGAGCGUUUAGAUCUUUACAGAACAUUUAUAAAAACUGAUACUUUAUGUAAAAUACUGCAGAAGAAUCGAUGGUUGCGUCAUUUAAAUAUAGCAGGAACGUUUCAAGACAAUAUAAAUAUAGACGUAAUCGCAAUGGAAUUGGGAAGAUCGUGUCCGGAUUUGGAAAGUAUAGAUUUUUGGAAGGCACAGACUCUUACAUCGCAAGGUAUUAAUGCUCUGGCUGCUUGUAAGAAUCUACGAGAAGUGGAUUUCAGUUGGUGUGGUAGCACAUCUGGUCAUGGUGAAACCUUGGUUAAAUUGUUCUCUUCUUGUCAACUCUUGGAGAAGAUCUUUUUGGCCACUUUUCGUGGACUCACAGAUCGCGAUUUGAAAGGACUGACACAAUGUAAACACUUAAAACAAUUGGACUUAUUAGGCGCGCUAUUUCUGACACCAGAGAUAUGUUAUGAUAUUUUGUCAAGUUGCCCCAAAUUGGAAUUGAUGGAUCUCAGUUUUUGUGACAACAUCAAUAAUUUCUACAUCAAGAAGUUGCGACAAGAGUACCCACAUGUAGCUAUUAAGAGAAUAAUAGACUAUUAUUGAUGGUAGGAUUUAAUGUAGGAUACUGAGAAUUCAAUGUACAAAACAGACUCAAAAAAAGAGUUCAAAAGUAUGAAAUUAAAAUAUCAUAUAAAUACAAGAUUUGUAUUGUAAA